CUCUCCUCUCUGCUCUCUCCUCCCCUCGCGGCCCAGCUGCAGGCGCAGAAGCUGAGGCUAGCGCACAGCCGGGGCCCCUACUACAGCGGCUCGCUGCCCAACGUCAACCAGAUCGGCAGCGGCGUCUCCGACUUCCAGGGCCCCUUGCACUCGCCGCUGGACUCGACGCGCAGCACGCGGCACCACGGCCUGGUGGAGCGGGUGCAGCGGGACCCGCGCCGGAUGAUGUCCCCCCUGCGCCGAUACGUGCGCCAGAUCGACAGCUCGCCCUACGGCCCCACGUACCUGUCGCCCCCGCCGGAGCCCAGCUGGAGGAGGACGAUGCCCUGGGGGAACUUCCCCAUGGAGAAGGGCCAUCUGUUCCGGCUGCCCUCCGCUCUCAACAGAACCAACUCGGACUCGGCGCUGCACACGAGCGUGAUGAACCCGGCCCCGCAGGACGCCUACCUGGGCCCCUCGCAGGGCGCCCCGCCGCCCGGCCGCCGCGGCGGUUUCCUGGACGGGGACACGGACAGUAAAGUGCCUCCCAUCGAAGAGAGCUUCGACGACAACAAGCACUCGCUGAAGCCCUGGGACACCAAGAAGCUCUCCUCGUCCUCGGCCCGGCCGCGCUCCUGCGAAGUCCCCGGGAUCCACAUCUUCCCGUCCCCGGACCAGCCUGCCAACGUCCCCCUCAUCCCCUCGGCCCUCAACACGGGGGGCUCGCUCCCCGACCUCACCAACCUGCACUUCCCCUCGCCGCUGCCCACCCCGCUCGACCCGGACGAGGGCGCCUACCCCAGCCUGAGCGGGGGCAGCAGCACCAGCAACCUGGCCACCACCAUGACGCACCUGGGCAUCAGCGGCGGCAUGGGGCUGGGCUCCGGCUACGACUCGCCAGGACUUACCUCACCUAUGCAGAGCUCCCUGAGUAACCCGUCCCUGCAGUCCUCGCUUAGCAAUCCCAACCUCCAGGCCUCCCUGCGCAGCCCCUCGCUCCAGUCCUCCCUCAGCAACCCCUCGCUGCAGUCCUCCCAGAGCAGCUCCUCCAUCCCCUCCUCGCUCUCCAACCAGUCCCUGCCCUCCUCGCUCUCCUCCUCGCUCAGCAACCCCUCGCUGCCCACGUCCCCCCGCAGCCAGCCCAUGCAGUCCUCCCCCAGCAACCCCAGCCUGCCCUCCGGCUUGAGCGCCUCCUCCUACCCCGUGGUGCAGGCGUCCAUAAGCACCUCGCCCCGCCGACGGGUCCCGCUCAGCCCCCUCACCCUCCCAAUGGGUGGCGACUCCAGGAGGCAGCACCCCAAACAGUUCUCACCAACAAUGUCACCCACAUUGUCCUCCAUCACCCAGGGGGUGCCCCUGGACACCAGCAAGCUGCCGGCCGACCAGCGCCUCCCGCCGUACUCCUACAGCCAGCCCGGCCUCGUCCUGCCGUCCCAGCCGCAGCCCGGGCAGAAAACCCUGCACCAGCCC